AUGUGUAUAUCGCCAGCUGUGAAAACGUUUUUCUUUAAGAUGUACACAUCCACUUUACCCGUAAAGACAUGGCUUCAUGAAAAAGGGAUAUACGUGCCCUGGUCUGUAAAUUGCAGGCUAUGCAACGAGCCUGAAACAAUCGAGCAUUGUUUUAUUCAUUGCCAUGAUGCAUUUCAUUUCUGGGACAUUCUUAAGAGAACCCUCAGAAAAGAAUUUCCAAUUACAUCGCAUGGUGUUAGGUUCCUCCCGUUCAAAAAGAGCACCAACAAUAGUGCACCAUACAAUUUAAUCAUGCUGUUAGGUCUAUUUUCGCUAUGGAGAAGCCGCAUGAUUGACAGACAUGCUGAGCCACCUCGCUCGACAAGGUCUGUCUUUCGCGAAGAAGGAGCAAACGUGCGUAGUGUUGCUGAGACUUUUGAUCCGGUUCCGGAGUGGCUUGGACUUCUGGACGCUUGUGUCUGUUUACCGGACUUUUCAAGAUUCCUUGGACUAUGUGAAAUUGUGUGUUCUGUGCAUAUGUGCAUGUGAG